GAGAGAGAGAGAAGGAGUAGAAGACGUCUGGAUUGGUUUUCUACUCACCGCCGGUUCCAUUCAAAGAAUAAAUAAAGAUAUCAUUUCCUUUUUACUCGUUGAUUCAAUUCUUUAACAACCAGCUACCAUUUCUUUCUUCCCACAUAAAAAAGUCCAUGAAAAUGACCAAUUGUGAAUGCUUGGAGAUGUAGAAAAAACCCCAGCUAAUAUGCAAUCCAAGCCACAAAAGUCUCUUUCUUUACUUGCAAGGUAGAGAUUUGGAUCAUGUGAACAUGUUCUGAUUGGCUUAAGAUGAAAUCUGCCUGUCCAUUUCCACUAUUGGUUUAGUGAAUUUGAUAUCAAAUUGAUUAACAGAGAGAGAGAGAGAGAGAGAGUUUCUUGUGAUGCCUGUAGUUCCGGAUCUAACAACAAUCGGAUUCCAAUGCUAAAAAUAAAAGUAAUUAAUCAGAUUCUAUUUCUGAGAAUGGUUGAUGAUGUGUCACGCUUUGUCCCUUCUGAUUAUUGGUUUCCUGAUUUGGACCGGAAGGAUUGAUAUUAUUUUCUUGGAAUCCAUGUUGAGUUUAUCGCUCUUUGUUUUAAAUAUUGCUGACGCAUGGACCUUGACUUCGCAGGGCCAUUUGUCUCUGACACAAAUACAGAUCCCUUCCUAAAAGAAAACAAAGGGAGAAGCUGUUGCGGUUCAUAACAAGCAAUAACUGACACAACCCUAAGAACUGAGGGGGAGUUGGAAUCUGAAACAGAAUCAAACAAACUACCAGACAUGAUUCUGUCAAGCUUCUUUCGAUGAAUACUAUAAUGUGAAUGACCAACUGGGUCUUCCUUGUUUUCUGGAAAAAUCUAAGCAGGUGUCAGAAGUGAUCAGAACUGAAAGGGUGAUUGUUUUGUUUUUGUUCGGCCACUUGUGUUCGAGUGACAUGGAUGAUUUACCAAAAGUUUUGUAUGGGUGGAGCUGGGAAGAAAACAAGCUGUUUGAGAUGGCUUUGGCUGUGGUUGAUGAAGAAGACCCAGAUAGAUGGAAGGUGGUUGCAGCCAUGGUUGGAGGGAGGAAGAGUGAAGAGGAUGUGCAAAAACAUUAUGUGAUCCUUUUAGAGGAUUUGCAGGGUAUAGAGUCUGGUAAAUUGGAUCACACACUUGUUGGAGAAGCCCAGCCUUGUGUUCAAGUUGACUGCUCUCAAUCUGUAUGUUGGACAGAUGAAGAUCACAAGUUGCUGAUACGACUGGACAUAGAUUGAUUGGUAGGGUUGGCAAACAAUUCAUCAGAGCAGAACUAUUCCUGUUGAGCUACUGCUCAGGAAGAUUGCAAGUCAGGAACAUAAUUGAUGGUGGUAGGAGUAUCAAUUCUUAAGCUUUGUUCAUAGUUUGUAAGGUACAAUAAAUAUCUGUCCUUUGUGGAUCAGAAGUUGCCAAUGAAAUGUGGAUCAGAAGUGUUAAUCUUCCAA